GGUUGGGGCGGAGGGCGGCAGUGUGGCCGAGGCACACAUUCUUAUUGUCUCGCCGAGUGUCAGGGGCUGCUUGUCUUGCUCGCUCUCUCUCUUUCUCUCGCUUUCUCUCUCUCUCUCUCACUCACUCGCUCGCUUGCUCUCUCGCUUCAUCCCGUCUUGCCUGCGAUCAUACACACGCACACACACACACACACACACACACACCCACACACACACACACAUACACACACACACACACACACACACACUCACACACACACACACACCCUCAUCCAGCCAAAGGAGCGCCACGCCACCGGUUGGCGGGAGGGGGACUACCUGCCGCCACGAAAACCGGGAGCGGGAUUGAGCUUCGCGGCUGUGUAUGUGUGUGUGUGGGGGGGCUGGGGGGCAGACGCCGGGUGGGAGCAAAGGCGGAGCGCAAGGAGCUGGGACGGCUGCCGUGGAGCGCCGAGGAUCUCCUCAUGGACAACAGGCCCUCUUCUCAGCGAAAGGAAAGAGCAACUUGAGGAGGCAAGCAGCAGCUGCCCCUUGCAGCCGGAGUUUGUCCACAGGAGUUGACAGGGGACCGGGGGAUGGCCGUCCUCCUUAGCGCCCCUCUUUUUGCCAGCUGUCUCUUUUUUCCAGCUUCCAGUUUGGUGUGAUUCUUGAAACCGAGUACGGCUGGGCAGCAGCUGCGUCGGCUCUCUCCGUGGUGUGCUCUUGGUGCAUCGGAUCUACCCGUCCAACUUCCAGAGAUCUUCGGUUGUCAGGGAAGACGGGGUGGGACGACAGGAGGAGGGGAGGAACAGAUAUCCACCCUGGCAGGGCAGUUGGUUCCUGUCUGUCUGCUGAUGAUCCCUUGGGACCCGUAAUCCCUCGCUGGGGGGAGGGAGGGCAUCCCCGUGGGGCAUGUUACAGCUGGUGUCCCCCACGUGUUCAGUGCCCGAGCCGUACAAUCAGGAUGCUUUGCUGCGGGGGGCCCAUUGGUAACUCCGGACACCCGCUCCGUGGUGCCCAACCCAGGAUCUGGAUGUGGAACUAAGCGCAGAGGACAUGAGAGCAGAUGCACGAAGGGCCUUCAUUCUUCACUCAUCUACUAGUUCCCGCUGUCUUCUUGUCCUCUUCUCACAGUAUUAAUUGUUAUAAAUAUUCUGUUAUCUCCCUUUGGUGAGGAUCUGUGUGGCGGGACACAUCUCUCCUCUGGAUUACACUUCUUACCAGGAUUGUGUGGAAAAGAAGAAGAAGUUUGCCGUGUUCACCGGAGUGCCGCUGGGCGCGGGCUACGGUGCCUGCUGCCCAGCCAAGGAAGUGGAAGAGCACGGACAGGCUGGGGAGCUGCGAACAGCUAUAUAACCGUCGCUCCUCCACCAGCAUUUUCGUUUCUGUACGCAGGAGUGGAGGACGUGAAGGGGGUGGUGUUGCCAGAGCGUGUAGAAGACCCUCUCUUCGCUUCUGCCGUGGAUGCUGUUGUGGAGCAGAAUGCGUUGCCUGGAAACCGGAGAAAGCUGCUGUGAGAGUUUGCCGCGCGGGACCGUCAGGAGGUCCGCGGGAGUCUGAGCUCAGUUCGGACAGUGUUCCCCUGGCCAUCGUGCUGGCUGACUCCUGGGGCGCGAGAUGAGUGGCUGCCAUUACCCCACGGGCCUGCCCGAGCGGGACAGGAUGUACCAGCACAAAGUGUCGCUGGUGGUGCGAUACUUCAUGAUUCCAUGUAACAUCUGCCUCAUUCUCCUGGCCACGUCCACUCUGGGCUUCGCUGUGCUUCUCUUCCUCAAUAACUACAAACCUGGUCACUUCUCUCUGGCUCAGGCUCCUGAUGGCUGCCGGGGGAUGCUGUGUGGCUUUGGGGCACUGUGUGAGCGUGACCCGGCCGAUCCCUCCAAGGGCCACUGCAUGUGCAAGAAGACAACGUGUCCCACGGUGGUGGCGCCCGUGUGCGGGUCCGACUCCUCCACCUACUCCAAUGAGUGCGAGCUGGAGAAGGCACAAUGCAACGCACAGAGACGCAUCAAGGUGGUGCGCAAGGGUCCCUGCGUGUCCCUGAAGGACCCCUGUGGUGAGGUGACCUGCAGCUACGGCAGCACCUGUGUGCUGUCCUCGGAUGGCCAGUCAGCCAAGUGCAUGUGCCCAGUAAGCUGCGAGGGGCAACCCCGGCAUGUGGUGUGUGGCAGCGAUGGCAACGACUACCCCAGUGAGUGUGAGCUCAACAAGCAGGCCUGUGCCAAGCAGACGAAUAUCCGCAAGCAGUACCAGGGCCCCUGUGACCCAUGCAGCCACAACAACAUGAGUGGCGCCUGCCGGGUGGAGCCUGGCACUCGGCGGAUGGUGACCCUCCCGUCCCCAGAUUCGUGCCCCCUGGAUAGCAAUCCGCUCUGUGCCUCUGAUGGGCAGACGUACAGCAGCGACUGUCAGAUGCGGCGAGUGGGCUUGCUGAAGGGCAUAACACUGAGAAAGGUGCAUUCUGGACCCUGCAAGAACAAGGGAAAGUGCUCCGAGGCAUGCCCAUUCAACAGUGUGUGCCUGGUGGAGCAGCUGGGCCCGCGCUGCUCCUGCGAGCCCAUCGAGUGUGACGGUGCCUACAAGCCAUUGUGUGGGAAGGACGGCAACACUUACGCCAAUGACUGUGAGCGCCAACGCGCAGAGUGCAUAGCCAAGGCUCACAUCCCUGUCAAGCACCAGGGACCCUGUGAUAUGCUUGCACCCAGCCCAUGCAGAGGCCAGCGCUGUGAUUGGGGCGGGGUGUGCGUGGUGAAGGACGGGGGGCCAGUGUGCGAGUGUCUGGACACCUGCCCUUCGCAGCGAGACCCUGUGUGCGGCAGCGAUGGACAGACCUAUGGCAGCCAGUGCCAGAUGAAGGCCAUGGCCUGCACAUUGCAAAAGGAGAUCCACAUAAAGCACAAAGGGCCCUGCGAGGAGUCCUGCAGCAACUGCUCAUUUGGGGCAAUCUGUGAUGGGCAGACGGGUCGCUGCGUGUGCUCUACCGAGUGUGAGGACUCACACCAGCCUGUCUGUGGCACCGAUGGCAUCACCUACGCGACUGAGUGCCAUCUCCACGUACGGGCCUGCACCGAACAGCUCGACCUGAAGGUGGCGGCUCAGGGAGAGUGCAAGGCGUGUGGCGGCGGUGUGUGCAAAUGGGGAGCACGUUGCAUGGGGAAUAGAUGCCAGUGCCAACCCUGCGCGGUUCAGCCCUUCGCUCCCGUGUGUGGCAGCAACGGCAUCACCUACGAAAACACCUGCGAGCUCCUCCAUGCAUCCUGCGUCCUCAAGAAGAAGAUUGAAGUGGCCAGGAUGGGCAGCUGUGAUGAAGACUGCGGGUCCGGGGGCUCAGGCUCAGGUGCAGAUAGCAGCUGUGAGCAGGACCGGUGCAAGACAUUUGGAGGAUCCUGGGACGAGGAUGCUGAGGAGGACCGCUGCGUGUGUGAUUUCACCUGCCACAGCGUGCCGCGCAUCCAGGUGUGCGGCUCCGAUGGCCGAAACUACAGCAAUGAGUGUGAGCUCAAGAAGACCAGGUGUGAGAAGCAGGUGAACCUGCAGAUCCAGAGCCAGGGUCCAUGUGCAGCCUCUCCAGUCGACCCUCCUAGCGGUACGCUUGGACUGCCCCUUGAAUGCAGGGAGACCGUGUAUGGCUGUUGUCUCGAUGGCUACAGUGUUGCUCUGGGCGUGGGCCUGGCAGGAUGCCCGAGUACUUGCAACUGCAACCAGUAUGGAUCAUAUGGUGGCACCUGUGACCCCACCAGUGGACAGUGCUCUUGCAAGCCCGGUGUUGGCGGCCUGAAGUGCGACCGCUGUAAGCCCGGCUUCUGGAAUUUCCGCGGCAUAGCCACAGAGAACACCAGUGGCUGCACACCCUGCAACUGCGACACCGUGGGCUCGGUGCGCGACGACUGUGAGCAGAUGUCCGGCCUGUGCUCCUGUAAGACCGGCGUCAAGGGUCUCAAGUGCAACAUGUGUCCCAGCGGAGCGCGGAUGGGCGUGAACGGCUGUGACAGCGGACCCAAUGCCCCAACAUCAUGUUCCGAAUUGACCUGCAAGUUCGGUGCCUCCUGUGUGGAGUUGGAGGGCCAGGCCCACUGCGAGUGUCCACUCCCUGACUGUCCUGAGGGCAACCAGAUCAAGGUGUGCGGUUCUGAUGGGGUCACCUAUGCUGACCGCUGCCAGCUGAGAACCAUUGCUUGCCGCCAGGACAAGAACAUAACUGUGGCACAUGAGGGCCACUGCCGAGACACCAUCUUGCACCUUGGGCCAGCUGUCAGAAACACGCCUUCCCCCGCAACUCUACCCCAUGUCACCCCUUCCACCGCCCACGUCAAGACCACGAAGCCGUCACCUCGCCACAUCACUACGCCCGGCUUCGACGAGGAAGAGCCCACAGAGUCUGAGGGAACCCCACCUUAUGUGGAAGGUGUUCCCCCGGAUGGUGCUGUGGAUGGACCUGGCACCCUGCCCAUUCCUACACUUCCCCCCACAGUCCAUCAGCAGCUGCCUCACACCACACCCCCAGGCCCCAGUCACACUAACUCACCAGCCCCCUACGAGGACUCGGGUAGUGGAGAACCCAGUGGAGACGACGAAGAGGAAGCAAGUGGUAUCCUGGAGACAAGUGGGGACGAGUCAGUUGAGCCCACGGUGGCACCCACCUUGCCACCACCUGUGGAGGAGCGCUCCUCUUGCGACAACUCGCCGUAUGGAUGCUGUCCCGACGGACGCACUGCGGCCAGCAGCUCCGAAGGGCCCAACUGUCCCCCUACCAUGAAAUACAGUGGCUCCCUUCACCUCGAGCAAGUGGAAGGACAGGAGCUGUUCUAUACCCCGGAGAUGGAGGACCCCAAGUCUGAGCUGUUCGGGGAGACGGCCAGGAGCAUUGAGAGUGCUCUGAACGAGUUGUUUCGAAAAUCAGAUGUCCAGAAAGACUUCAAGAGUGUUCGUGUGCGAAAUCUGGCUCCCAGUAACUCCAUCCUCGUUUUUGUGGAAGCACAUUUUGACCCUGACACUAGGUUCUCAGUGGAGGACGUGCAGGGAGCUCUGCUGAAACAGCUCAAGAAGACCAAGGAGACCUCCAUCAUGGUGAAGAAGCCAGUGGAAGAGAACAUCCAUUUCAACAAUUAUGGGCUCUCCACUCUUCCAUUCUUUACCACCACCACAACUACCACAGUGACCACACCCAUAGCCUCCAUGACCACACCCAUAACAUCAAUUACCACACCUGCAAUUACAUCCACAGUACCCUGGACCACACGCCAGCCCACUGUUACCACCCGGCAACAUUAUCCCAGCCGCAGGACCACCACGCCGUCCCCGGUGACCACACCCCACGCCCCCACCAUGACCACUACUUCCACAGCCCCGCCCCCUGCCAUCACCAAACCUCAUAGGCCCAAGCAGCUGCCAAAGUCCAAAUUAAUUCAUCCAUGUGAGUCGCACCCCUGCCUCCAUGGCGGCACCUGCGAAGACGAUGGUGAAGACUUCACCUGCAUUUGUCCUGCUGGGAAAGGAGGCACAGUCUGUGAGAAAGUGAUCAAGUAUUUUAUCCCCGCCUUUGGAGGAAAGUCCUACUUGGCCUUCUCCACCAUGAAGGCAUAUCACACGGUACGCAUCGCCAUGGAGUUCCGUCCCUCCGAGAUGAGUGGGCUGCUGCUCUUCAACGGGCAGAACGGAAAAAAGGACUUCCUGUCGCUGGCGCUGGUGGCUGGACAGGUGCAGCUCAGGUUUAACACAGGCUCUGGCACAGGCUCUGUAAUGAGCAGGGUGCGAGUGAAGCCGGGCCGCUGGCACCAGCUGGUGGUCACCCGAAACCGGCGCAAUGCCAUCCUUAGAGUGGAUGGCGAGCCACAGGUGGAAGGCGAGAGCCCUCCCGGCACCGACGGCCUGAACCUGGAUACGGACCUCUUCAUUGGGGGUGUGCCGGAGGACCUGCUGCAGGACGUGAAGGAGAGGACGUCUGUGUCCUCGGGCUUCGUGGGCUGUGUGCGCACCCUCGACGUCAACAACAUGGUGUACAACCUGCAGGAGAAGGCCGGCCACGUGCUUUACGGGUCCAAUGUGGGAGAGUGUGGAAACAACCCCUGUGUGCCCAACCCCUGCCGCAAUGGAGCUACCUGUCAGGUCAAGGAGGCCGAGAUGUUUCACUGCAAGUGUGCCGGACAGUUCUCAGGUCCAACUUGUGCCGAUGCCCACAAUCCAUGUGACCCGAACAAGUGUCAUCCAUCUUCCCGAUGCCAAGUGCAGCCAAUGGGGGGGUACAAAUGUGAAUGUCCAAUGGGACGUGAGGGGACCCACUGUGAGAAAGAAUCCAAGGGUGACAAGAAAGAGGCCUUCCUCCCAUUUUUCAGUGGCAAUUCCUACUUAGAGCUGAAGGGCUUGCAAGAUUAUGGGAUUGAUCUGCAAGAAAAGGUCAACAUAACAGUGGUAUUUUUGGCCAAUGACUCCAAUGGCAUGAUCUUCUACAAUGGCCAGAAGACUGAUGGAAAAGGAGACUUCAUCUCUCUGUCCCUGAAUGAUGGUGUUCUUGAGUUUAGAUAUGAUCUUGGCCGGGGUCCUGCUGUCAUCAGGAGCAAGGAAAAGGUGAAGAUGAAUGUGUGGAAUACGGUCAGCCUCGUGCGUACCAACCGCAAAGGGAAUAUCACUGUCAACAACAAGGACACGGUCAAAGGGGAGGCACCGAAAUCACGUAAGGAUGGUCACUCAUCUCUAAACCUGAAGGAGACUCUGUUUGUGGGAGGAGCUCCAGAUUUCAGCAAGUUGGCACGGGCAGCUGCUUUGAAAGAUGGCUUUAAGGGGGCCGUCCAGAAGAUCACCCUGAUGGGCACUCCGAUCCUGAGCCGCGCCAACGCCCUUCGCUCCAGCGACGUCUCUAUGUACUCGCACCACCCCUGCGCCCAGAAUGUAUGCCAGAAUGGGGGUCUCUGCCUCCCCCUGCUGGAGCGGUACGAGUGCAUCUGCCAGCACGGCUUCAGCGGCACACAGUGCCAGAACGCCAUCUACGAGAAGUCCGCUGGUGAGACGGAGUCCAUCGCCUUUGACGGGAAGACAUUUAUUGAGUACCACAACGCAGUUACUAAAAGUCCCAAGUCACUGGAGAGUCCAUCAGACCAGAGCGAGAAGGCCCUUCUGGUGAACAAGUUCGAUCUCAGCAUCAGGACGGAGGCCACGCAAGGCCUAAUCCUGUGGAGCGGCAAGGGUACAGAGCGCUCCGACUAUAUUGCCCUGGCCAUUGUGGACGGCCGUGUGCAGAUGACCUAUGACCUGGGUUCCAAGCCUGUAGUGCUCCAGUCAACAGUGCGCGUCAACACCAAUCGCUGGAUCCGAAUCAAGGCCAGCAGAGCGAUGAGGGAUGGCUUCCUGCAGGUGGGCAACGAGGCUCCCAUCACAGGGUCAUCGCCCCUGGCAGCUACACAGCUCGACACGGACGGGGCGCUCUGGUUGGGUGGCCUGGAGGAGCUAGCAGUAGCGCGCCGGCUGCCCAAGGCCUACAGCACAGGUUUUGUGGGUUGCGUGAAGGACGUGAGUGUGGAUGGCGUGGAGCUGCACCUGGUGGAGGACGCCUUAAACAGCCCCAGAAUUCUACACUGCUCCACCCAGUAGCUUGCCUCCAGCUCCCUGCACACGCCAUGUCUACUGCUGUAAUUAUUUUCUAUUUUUGUAUACUUUUCAUUACUUUUUAUAUUGGAAAAAUACAUUUUGAUUUUUUUUGUUUUUUUUUUUUUUGACUCCUCCAUACAUAUUUCCUUUUCCAAGUACAGGUGUACAUGUAUCAAAAAUCGACACAAAUGCUGAGAUAUUUAUUAAGAUUUUAAGGGCAAAAAAAAAGCAACAUCUUGCUCAUUACUUGAACAGUGGAACACCACAGCAGUGCUGGCAUGCUCUUUACUGCCUUCCCAGCAGAGCCGUGGUUCCUCUUUGCCUUUCUCAACGCUCUUCUCUGUAAACACGAAUCGCAGUCCUAGGAGACCGCAGAAGGCAAAGGCUGACAGCCCCAUCAGGUGCACUGUGGAAUGGCAUAUUGUGCAUCUGCAGAAGAAAACGUUGCAGUACUGAAAUGACCCCUGUCCCUGGCACUUACUAAAAUACAUACAUGUCCUUUACGUACACAGUACACACAAACAUUUAUAUACGUUUCCAAUUUUAUUUAUUUUACUGUAUUGUAUUUGCCUGUUUUCAGUCUCCAGAUAAUUUUGGAACCCUUAACAUUCUAGACAUUCCAGGAAUAUCACACUGUUCUCUGAACUGCAUAUUCCACUAUUUAAUACAUUCAUGUUUUAUUUUAUUCUAAGAUGAAAAUGUAAUAAAUAGAUAUAUAAAUACCAGAAACUGUGAAUAAGUCUAGUUUGGUAUAGGAAUCCUGCCUCCUGUGGACUGUGGCUCAUAUUUAAGACGGACAGGAGCUUUAGUAAUGAGAACUUGCUGCAUGCUGCUCCCUGGGUUCAUGUUAAUUCAGUCCUUUUUUCCUCUCUGUUGAGCCAAUUUUCACAGCCACAUUUUGAGCAAAGAUGUCGCUCUUCUGGUUGCAUACAUUUCAAUUUACAAGCUUUGUGUUUUGAAAUCACUUUUGUUAUGCACGUGUUGUGGCGUUUCAUCUGCAUGACUGUAACAGUUGCUGAGCUUCGGGAAAAAAAAAAUCAUUUUAGUUUUUGUGACAGAUUUUUUUUUUUAAUUUUAAUUCUACAACUUUGAAUUUUGUGGAAGACAUGGUGGUAUAAUUUUAAAAAGUUAUACCUUAGACCACCUGGAGGCACUGUAGCAUAGGCUGAAGUGACAAAUACUUUGAGGGCAGGUUAGUGAGAGGUCAAACUUGAAUCCCAGGGGGCAAAAAGAGACACAAAAAAAUUAGUUUUGUGAUGUUCAGUCCUAACAAAUAUGCAGUUUCUUUUUUUUUUUUUUUUACUGCUCAUGUUUUUUUUAAUGCUGACUAAAAACCAUGUUAAAUUGUCUGCUCUGGCUAUGGAGAAAAUAGCUAUACAAGAUUUUGUUAAUGCUAAACCCUUGCAUCUCUGAACUUUGGCCCCUAAGCAGCACUGAAAUGAAAUUAACUAAUAAAUAACAGAGAGACAAAAUAAUGCAUGGUUUAAAAUUGUGAGGAUGAUUUUUUUUUUUUUUUUUAACCUUGAAUGCAGACAAAUGGAGUUGAAAUGAUGUAUUCAACUGUCACUGAAAUAUUCCUCCAAUUCAAGUUACUGAAAUAGUCUAACAGCAAGACAAAGAUUUUCCUGUGGUAGAAUUUACCUUGUUUUACUAGGUGUUUUGUUUUUAUUAAAUGCGUAUAUUUUUUCCCCUUAAGAAAGACAAAACCACUUUAUAUAGCCCUGCAAACUGAAGUGCACGUUGGAAAUGUAUAACUUUGGAGAGUUGUCUUGGUAACAUACACUGGAACAAAGUCCAAGCUGUCCCAGAAAGCUCACCAAGCAUAUUUUUCUCUUCCUGUUUCUUCGUGGAGGAGGGGAAGGAAAGGGGAAGGGGUUGCAUGGGAGUGGAGUAAAUAAAAUAUUUAAGUAUCUACAUUUUGAGUAUCAUUUCUAAUUUGCCUGUUCAGUUAUACCCCAGGAGGCCUUCAUGUGCACAUCAGCUUUGGAACUUGGAAUAAAAUGUCAACAACAUACUGUAUACAGGUAUUUAUUAAAAUGAACUUUGUGGACAGGGAAAUAAGUAAAAACACAGAAUUAUUUUUGUGUUUUUAACUUGAAUGAAAUAGCUGUUCAUAUAAUGAAACUCCUGAUCAGCAAGGACCUGACAAAAAAUACACCAGAUAUUUGGAUGAAAACUUUAAGAAUUGCCUUAAAACUUAAAAUCACCACUUACAGUUGUGUCCAUGCUGUUCUGUGCCCUUACUUUAGCCAGUAUAUUGGUAUCACCCGAUGAUGCAAAAUUACUUGUAAUGGUAAUAAUUAUAUGGUUAUAAAGCCCAUAGUUUCCAUAGGUGUCAUUCUGGGAGGUAUACACAUAUAGACGCAUAUGUGGACAUUCUGGGCUGGAUAAAAAUGAUAUAUAUGUAUAUUCAGUUGCUUAUUUAUGUGUGUAUGUGGAGUCGCAGUAUUUCCCUUGUGAAAGAACAGCUGUUUGAAUGAAAUAUACCUGAAGGACAGUGCACAGAAUAUGAGUGGCAUGAUGUUACCAUUACUAACUUUAUUACUUGUGUCUUGUGUUCCUACCACAAUG